CCCUGUAACACAUCGUAGAAUUCAAUCAAACCUUCUUCUGCUAUAACUCUUGAUUCCCUCAGUUUUCUUCCCUUGAAUCCUUCUUCUUCUUCUUCUUCUUCUUCUUCUAUCUCUUUUCCCCUGAAGAUUCCUCUGUUUCGUUCUUUGCUUGAAUUCUUCCGGUCUUUCUUGAUUUCCUUGUGUAUUGCGUGAACUAGAUUCUUGUGCCUGAUUAGAAAAUGGCAGCAUUGGCUCCUGGGAUUUUGUUGAAGCUCCUCAACGGAAUGAACACGGGACUCAAGCCGACGAGCGAGCACCGGAGUUCCCUCUUACAGGUGACGGAUAUCGUACCCGCGGAUCUUGACGAGAAGAACCUCUGGCCUAAGCACGGAUUUUACAUCAAGGUCUCAGAUUCUUCCCAUUCUAUAUAUGUCAGUUUACCUUCUGAUCAAGACGAUGUCGUUCUCAGCAACAAAAUGCAGCUAGGCCAAUUCAUCUACGUAGACAGAUUGGAGCCGGGGUCUCCUGUUCCUGUCAUCAAAGGGGCAAAGCCACUUCCGGGGCGGCAUCCAUUAGUGGGCACGCCAGAGCCGUUAAUGGGUCUUAGAAAAAAGGGAGAGAAGAUUGAGCAAGAACCCAAUUCAAAACCCAGGCGAGGAUCUUGGGGUCAAAAUGGCGGUGAUGGUGUUUCUUCUCCGUUGGUUUUAAAGCCUGUGCCUUUGGAUUUUGAUCAGUGCACACCUAUGAAAGAAAGGCCUAGUUGUUCCAAAACAAUGUCGCCCAUGAUAAGACGAUUAACGGCUAAGGAUGGGAAUGGAGGAGGUAUGGGCGUUAGGUGUUCUUUUGGUGGGGGGCUUUUGGCUAAAAUGGUGGAGACGAAGGGAGAGAGUCCUGCUUUGCUUAGGAAGAGCUGUGUUGCUCCUUCAUCUUCCAAAUUUCCAAGGAGCAAAAGCGUCUGCGAACGAGAACCAAGGAUGGCUUCUAGUCCCUUCAACUCCGCUGAAAAGACAAGUCCAACUCCACAACCGAGUUCACGAAAUUCAAGAGCUAUUGUAGCUCCACUCAAUGUGGAUGGAGGAGCUCCACACAGCUCCUCUGCUUCAAGUGUGACUUUGCAGCCGCAAUCACAGACUGGUAAUCCUGCUUUUGAUGAUUCUACCAGCCUGCCAAUGCAUUUACCAGGAAGACUUGGCAUGCUGGGCAAGGAAGCCGUGCAACAGAGAGAAACAGCUCAAAAAAUUGCUCUUCAAGCGCUAAGAGAUGCCUCAGCUACUGAAUCUUUAGUCCGCUCCCUCAAGGCAUUUGCUAACUUGAGCAAAUCGGCAAAAGCUGAUUCACCAGCACCAUGUUUUGAGCAGUUCUUGGAAUUUCAUCACCAAAUUAUGCAAACAGUGAGCGGCAUGGCGUCUGUUCAAGCAGCUACUGAAAUGACAAGGAACCCAAAAGCAGAACAUAAACAGUUAUCCGAAGAAGAACACUCCUCAAUCUUAAAUGAAGUUAUUCACAACAACGGCUCUGAAUCCAAAUCCUCCUCCAAAGGUCGAUCAGCAUUGUACAAAUCCAUGGCGUCCUUUCCCGAGAAAAGUGAGCAGAAGCCAAGUUUUGGGAAGUUGCUAAGGUCAAGUACGAAGGAGAGAAGAGCAUCAUCCACCACCACCACCACCACAACCACUCCACUGGGGAAACUUUCCCUUGAAACUGUUGCUGAGAAUGAUGAAAAUAAGAAACCAGUUUAUUCUGGGUGCAGUUUAAGCAACGCAAUCAAACUGGGUAAGCAGAUCGAAAGAGAAGCAGGAAAGUGGUUUAUGGCGUUCAUAGAGAAGGGAUUAGAAAAAGGGAUGAAGAAAGCAAAAGGUGUGGGAGAUGAGGAUGUGAAGAAAGUUCCUCAGUCUCUGAUUCUCAAGGUUAUAAACUGGGUGGAGGUAGAACAGAGUGAUGGUAGCAAGAGGGAGAUUCAUCCCAAAGCAGCACAGAUAGCCAGGAAAUUAAGGAUAAAAAUGAAGAACCCCUAGUGUUUGACUAGCUUUUUUAUUUUUCAAGAAGAGUGAUGCAUUGUUUAGUUCCAAUAAUUUGGAACGCUUUUAAUUCUUUGUUUGUUAAGAACACGUAUCGAUAAGAACGAUGUAUGCCGCCAA